AGAAAGAGAGAGAGAGAAAGAGAGAGAGAAAGAGAGAGUGUGGGCUAGCGGCAAUGCGGUGACCGAGCACUGGAACUCAGCACACACACACACACACACACAUACACUCACGCACACACUCACAUACACACACACACCCUCACACACACUCACAUACACACAGUGCAAUCCUGAUUUCGGGACGUUCAGCGACACACUCGGACCCCCCGGUGGCUGGAAACACGGGCGCUAAGGGCCUUCACCUCGCUUUUAAAGUGGACCUAACACCGCCUUACUUUCUGGACAUGGGAGACAUGGGAGACCCGCCGAAAAAGAAGCGGCUGAUCUCGCUGUGUGUGGGCUGCGGGAAUCAGAUCCAUGACCAGUACAUCCUGCGCGUGUCGCCGGACCUGGAGUGGCACGCGGCGUGCUUGAAGUGUGCGGAGUGUAACCAGUACCUGGACGAGUCGUGCACUUGUUUUGUCCGGGACGGGAAGACGUACUGCAAGAGAGACUACAUCAGGCUGUACGGGAUUAAAUGCGCGAAGUGCAAUGUGGGCUUCAGCAAGAACGACUUCGUGAUGCGCGCGCGCUCCAAAGUUUACCACAUCGAGUGUUUCCGCUGCGUGGCGUGCAGCCGCCAGCUGAUCCCGGGAGACGAGUUCGCGCUGCGGGAGGACGGCCUGUUCUGCCGGGCUGACCACGACGUGGUGGAGCGCGCGAGCAUGGGGCCAGGAGACCCGCUAAGCCCGCUCCACCCGGCCAGACCACUGCAGAUGGCAGCGGAGCCCAUCUCGGCGCGACAGCCCGCGCUGCGACCGCACGUGCACAAGCAGCCUGAGAAGACGACGCGCGUGCGCACCGUGCUCAACGAGAAGCAGCUGCACACGCUGCGGACGUGCUACAACGCGAACCCGCGGCCGGACGCCCUGAUGAAGGAGCAGCUGGUGGAGAUGACAGGCCUGAGCCCGCGAGUCAUCCGCGUCUGGUUCCAGAACAAGCGCUGCAAGGACAAGAAGCGCAGCCUGCUGAUGAAGCAGCUGCAGCAGCAGCAGCCCAACGACAAAACGAACAUCCAGGGCAUGACGGGCACUCCGAUGGUGGCAGCCAGUCCCGAGAGACAUGACGGCGGUUUGCAGGCGAGCCAAGUGGAGGUGCAAACGUACCAGGCGCCCUGGAAGGUCCUUAGUGACUUCGCACUGCAGAGCGACAUCGACCAACCUGCUUUCCAGCAACUGGUGAAUUUUUCUGAAGGAGGUCCAGGCUCGAACUCGACAGGGAGCGAAGUGGCAUCCAUGUCCUCCCAACUGCCAGACACCCCAAACAGCAUGGUGGCCAGUCCUAUAGAGGCCUAGGCAAUGUUGGAUUACCUUGUGUUCCAGCAGCUGAAGGACAGGAGGAGUGAGGGGGGGUGUCUGCGCCCCCCAUUUCCUCCUUCUGUCUCUCACUCUCGCUCUCCACACAAGCCCUCGGCUGCGUGUCUUCAUACACUGUGAUGACAAUCAUGGGAACGAAACGCUGCUGGAACGGACUGAGCGCUCUGGGCGACUCCUUUGUUUUUUUGGGGAGGAAGACGUUGGUUGAGGAAAAGAUGGAUGAAUCUCAUCACUGCGCGGUGGAACUGCUCGAAUACACAUUUUUUUGCCAAACACCCCCAGUUUUUUUCUGUUUUUUUUGGACAAAUCAGUGACCCUCUUGAAAGAGGACUGAUAUUAAUAUAAGCAACCGGCGCGCGCAGCAUGAGUAGCCUAUAAAUGAACCAACCAGUGACUGUCUGUUCGGUUUCUCUAAAACUCUAAAACUGCGAUUAGCGUUCACAAGCAUCUAAAUCUGAGGACUACUGCUUUUACAGGUUUUUCUUCUGUUCUAUGGUCUCUCUCUUUUUUUUUUUUUGAAGCCCGAGUACUAAAGCAUUGCAACAAGGUAUACCUCUAUUUUACCACGAAGCUGCGUGGGAACUUCAUGUGUUUUCGUGUCCGUCCAAGAGUUCUCUCUCUCUCGCUCUCUCUCUCUCUCUCUUUCUCUUUCUCUCUCUCUCUCUCUCUCUCUCUCUCUCUCUCUCUCUCUCUCUCUCUCUCUCUUUCCCAAAGAUGUGUAUAGUUUUAAGUUAACAUGUUCAGCUAGCGGUGGAGAAGGUUUCUCUCUCUCUUUUUUGUUUGUUUGUUCCUGUAUUACAGAAUAAUUUAUUAUUUAUUGUCGAACGACCUGCCACUUUUGUGUAUCUUUAAUUGCUGAAGUAAAAAAGACAAAAAAGGAAAAAAAAAAAAGAAAAAAAGAGGAAAAGAGUAUUGUCGACUCCGAAUGAUCUAUCAGAAUUUACGUGUCCUGUCGUUUGACUUAAAAAUGAUGUAAGAGCAACGCCAUAUGUGGUUAUAUCUUCAGGAAUAUUUGAACAAUAAUAAAAGUUUGACGUACUGUA